AGUAAUUGGCUCGGUUCGGCACCAACCAUGAUGGACGCGUCGGAUAGCGCAGACAUGCUGGAAGAUGAAAAAACACGGACUCAGUCGGUGGAUUUGCACACAGACACAUCCUUGGUGGUAGAUAUUUCCGAUGCAUUAAGUGAAAGAGAGCGUGUCAAGUUUACGGUUCAUACGAAGACCACGCUGCCUGUUUUCAAGGAGGGUGAAUUUUCCGUGGUCAGGGAACACGAAGAGUUUGUUUGGUUACACGAUCGAUACGUUGAAAAUGAGGAAUAUGCCGGAAUCAUAAUUCCCCCAGCACCUCCCAAGCCAGAUUUUGAUGUGUCUCGUGAAAAGCUGCAGAAACUUGGAGAAGGUGAAAAUACAAUGACAAAGGAGGAGUUUCAAAAGAUGAAACAAGAACUUGAAGCAGAGUAUCUUGCCACUUUCAAGAAAACUGUAGCCAUGCAUGAAGUAUUCCUGACACGCGUAGCUGCUCAUCCAACUCUGAGAAAAGACAGCAACUUUAAUGUGUUUUUGGAAUUUAAAGGAGAGCUAAAUGUUAGAGGCAAAAACAAAAAGGAGAAACUUGGAGGUCUCUUCAAAGGUCUCGCCAAAGGAGUUGACGAAGUCCUUUUGUCAUCACAAAAGGAUGUAGAUGAGUUUUUUGAGGGCGAGAAGAAAUUUUUAGUGGAAUAUAAUAUGAAGUUAAAGGAUUCUACUCGUCACGCAGAUCGUAUGACAAAAACUCACAAGAAUGUGGCUGAUUCUUUUAUAAGGAUUUCUAGCUGCAUUUCCCAGAUGGGCACCAGUGAAUACAUGGAAAUAGAUCGCUUUCUGAACAAGGUGUCUGAAUAUUUUGAAAAAGCUCGCAAGUUGGAGGGCCGUGUGGCUUCUGACCAAGAUCUCAAAACGUCUGAUUUGCUCAGAUAUUAUGUGCGAGACACAGAUGCUGCCAAGAACUUUCUUUACCGCAGGGCAAGAUGUUUAGCUGAUUAUGAAAAUGCUAAUAAAGCUCUGGACAAAGCAAGGGUGAAGGGUAAAGAAAUUGCAGCUGCUGAAACUGCCCAACAGACUGCAAGUGAAAAAUUUGAACACAUUUCAGAAGUAGCCAAGCAAGAACUGACAGACUUCAAAACAAGAAGGGUCCAACAAUUCAGAAAGAACAUGACCGAACGGGCAGAACUGGAGCUCAAACAUGCUAAGGCGCAUAUGAAUCUCCUGAAGACAACAUUAGCACAACUAAAGGAAUUGUAGUCAAGAGAAGUCCAACGUCGAUAAUUCUAGGAAAACUGUGUUAAUUUCUUUUUGUACUGAUAUAGAUUUGUAAAACUUCAAUCAAACCCUUCCUUUGAUUAAGACUGGGAAGUAUAGUUUUGAACAAACAGCAAAAGUCUAAAGUGGAAGAUAAAUAUAAUUUUUAAACGUUAAGUAAUAGUCAAUGAAUUUGUUUAAGUUUCUUUCUGUUUCAAUAAUUUUCUAAUUUCCUUAACAGUUGCAAUUAAGGGCCCUUUCAUAUAACACAGAAGUCAAACAUCGGGCAUGCGCGAGGCGAUAAAUUUUGGCCGCGCACGCGCCAAUUUCCCGCACAACAUCCCAAAGAAAAGCCUAAGAAACAAGCGCUGUCGAUGAAAAAUAUGCGAAAGAAAUUAAAGUUGAAAUGUUCAUAGAAAUCUGUAUGAGGAAACAAAAGAAGGGGAAAAGAAAACUCAAGACUUAAGGAAAACAAAACUUAUUGCAGUUCGGAUAUCUUAAUUUACCUUUUUUUAGUUUUACCAGAAAAAUUACGUUUUUAAAACACUGCAACUUACUCGUGGUCAUUUGUACCUUGUAUAAGGCGACAUGGUUCUGAAAGCCUGGCAGGACACCCUAAUCAUUACAACGUUCGCUCAUGCGCUGGCGUGUGACUGCUGUGUUCUCUCAUGGUUAGUGAAACAAAUUUUGCUCAUUUGGGGAAUUUUUAACCCGGUUGCUGAAAAAAGAAGGACAAUUCUUCCAGCCCAUCCUCUCAUUUGUGAUUCUUCAAGUUGACUCUUUUCCCCCUUUUGGUCUACGCGCUUGAAAAAAAAUGAAUGAGUAGCCGGCUAGGGAGAUUUCACCUUAGCUAUCAAAACUGAUAGCCGUUGGCUCAAACUAACGAGUUUUAUCCACAAGCGAAGCCAGAAUUUUGACACAAGAACAUUUGUAGCGUAGUCAAAGGAUGCCAGUCUCCCAAACAGCCCCCAACGCAAUCCCAUUGACUGUAAAGACUGUCAAUACGAGACAUCAGGUAGGAUAGAAAGUUUACUCCUUGUGUUUAAUUGAACUGAUUUACCAGUAUUGAAUUAUCUUUGGUUUUAAAAGGACAGUGUCGCA